CAAAGUUAAAGCUUUAGUACAGCUAAAUAACAGCUGCCGGUGACAAGUAACAGUUACUCCGUUACAGUAACUCAGUCAAUUCGCAUCUCUAUAGCCGCCACGUUGUGAUAAACGCCGACACAACGAAACGCUGACGAAAUCCGCUGUGCAAAUUAAGUAAAAAGCGUAAAAAAUGGUUUUGGAUUUAGAUUUGUUUCGUAGCGACAAGGGUGGCAAUCCCGAUGCGGUGCGCGAUAAUCAAAAGAAACGCUUCAAAGAUGUCGCCCUGGUUGAGACAGUCAUCGAAAAGGACACCGAAUGGCGUCAGCGACGUCAUCGCGCUGACAACCUGAACAAGGUGAAGAAUGUCUGCAGCAAGGUAAUUGGCGAGAAAAUGAAGAAGAAGGAGCCUGUCGGUGCCGAGGGCGAGGAGGUGCCAGCCGCUGUUCGCGCCGAUCUGACUCAGGUCACAGCCGAAACGCUGCAGCCGCUGACGGUUAAUCAAAUCAAACAGCUGCGCUUACUCAUCGACGAUGCGAUGACUGAGAACCAGAAAGCAUUGGAGCUGGCCGAGCAAACACGUAACACGGCGCUGCGCGAGGUGGGCAAUCAUUUGCACGAAUCUGUGCCCGUUUCCAACGACGAGGAUGAAAACCGCGUAGAGCGCACCUUUGGCGAUUGUCAGAAACGCGGCAAGUACUCGCAUGUGGAUCUCAUUGUUAUGAUCGACGGCAUGAAUGCCGAGAAGGGUGCCGUGGUAUCGGGUGGACGCGGUUACUUCCUAACUGGCGCAGCGGUGUUCCUGGAGCAGGCCCUAAUACAACAUGCUCUGCAUCUGCUCUAUGCACGUGACUAUGUGCCGCUGUACACACCCUUCUUUAUGCGCAAGGAGGUUAUGCAGGAAGUGGCCCAACUGUCGCAGUUCGAUGAGGAGCUCUACAAGGUUGUGGGCAAGGGCAGCGAACGUGCCGAGGAGAGCGGCACCGAUGAGAAAUACCUGAUAGCCACCUCUGAGCAGCCCAUUGCGGCCUAUCAUCGCGAUGAGUGGCUGCCGGAGGCAUCAUUGCCCAUUAAAUAUGCCGGCCUGUCCACUUGCUUCCGUCAGGAGGUGGGCUCACAUGGACGCGAUACGCGCGGCAUUUUCCGUGUGCAUCAGUUCGAGAAGGUCGAACAGUUUGUGUUGACCUCGCCGCACGACAACAAAUCUUGGGAAAUGAUGGACGAAAUGAUUGGCAAUGCCGAGCAGUUCUGCCAAUCGCUGGGCAUUCCCUACCGUGUGGUCAACAUCGUGUCCGGUGCGCUCAAUCAUGCUGCCUCAAAGAAACUCGAUCUGGAGGCCUGGUUUGGCGGCAGUGGCGCCUACAGAGAGCUGGUCUCCUGUUCCAAUUGCCUGGACUAUCAGGCCCGUCGUCUCCUCGUGCGCUAUGGCCAAACAAAGAAGAUGAACGCCGCCGUCGACUAUGUGCACAUGCUGAACGCCACAAUGUGCGCGGCGACACGUGUCAUUUGCGCCAUACUCGAAACCCAUCAGACUGAGACAGGCAUCAAGGUGCCUGAGCCUCUUAAGAAAUUCAUGCCGAGCAAGUAUCAGGACGAGAUUCCGUUUGUCAAGCCAGCACCAAUCGAUCUGGAACAGGCCGCCGCCGACAAGCAGAAGACGAAGAAAGAGAAGACCAAGAAGGAUCCGGCUGCUGCCUAAAUCCUGCCUAAUCCACUAGCCGCCCGCUCUCGCUCCAUACUCAGCAUAAACUAAGCUUUCAAGUCCAAAAUUGUGUUAUUACUCCUUAUGUAUAUUUAUUGCAUUUAUUGCAAACGUUUUGUAAUUAAAUCGGAACAACUUGC